GUCUCGCUGCAAUGUGGUUUUCCUCUCAGGGAAGCGCUCAAGCCCUGUAUUUUCAGUCUGGCUUGCACAUGCUGUCAGAAGCUAGUGGGAGACAGUUUUCUUCUUAAUGCAGAGAAGAGGACAAGCUUUCACUGGUCUGUAGACUGAGUUACUGGGAGGGAGAAAAAAUGAAGAGUACUGCCAGGCCUUGGAGUGCAGUGUCAAAGCAAGGAAGUCAUGGGGUUGACAGAGGAAAGUCACUUUCCACCACUUCAUCAGGGAUGAAGACAUCCAAGUCCUCGACUUCACUCGCCUUCGAAUCUCGGCUCAGCAAGCUGAAGAGGGCGUGCAGCGAUGAUAUGCUUACAAAACCGGGAGUGACAGCAGCUUCUGGAGUUUCUAGACUGAAGAAGACCAUUACAACUGGAGCAAUUUCUGAGCUCGCGGAGAGUCGGCUGAAGCCCAGCACAGGAACAGUUUCAACUGCAAAGCGCACAGGGAUUCCAGCACCCCGAGAAAUAUCAUCCUCUGUCUCAAGGGAGAGAGCUGUACUGCGUGGCCAAGCCAAUGCGAGGAAAACUCAGCCCAGCCCCACCUCUUCUGCCACACCAACUCCUACCAAACAUGUGCGCCCCGCUAGCAAGUCCAAGCAAGAGAGUGAAACUGGUGACAAGGCUGUUUUGGAAUCUCAGGUUAAAGAACUCCUGGCAGAAGCAAAGACAAAAGAUUCUGAAAUAACCAAACUCCGUUGUGAACUGAAGAAAUGCAAAGAGAAAGGGUCGCUUAACCCUGAAGGGAUGGGUGCUUCAGACCAAAAUGUAGAAACCUUGUCACCUGUUGACAUAGAUCCACUGAUACGGACCCUGCAGGAAAAAAACAGGACUUUUCAAAAAGAGCUUGCUAGCCUGGGAGAAGAAAAUCGUGUUUUGAAAGAGAAAUUGCUUUAUCUGGAGAACUCUCCUCUGUCAGACACAACAACAAGCAGUGGCGGUGACAGCAGCCUCCCUACCCCAACUACCCAAGAAUCCAGCUUUGGAAGCCCAUCAAAAAAUGUACUGAGAGGUGAAACAGUUGAGCACAGGCAGCGAGUGAAUGGAGGCACGCUGCGCAAUUCCGCCUCUUCCAGCAGCGAUGUAACUAAAGCUUCCUUGUCACCCGAUGCGUCUGAUUUUGAACACAUAGCAGAUAUACCUUCCAGGCCAGCAUCCUCCAACAGCAACCACUUCAAAGGUUCCAAAUGCUCCACUACAGGAAGUUCUCCAAACAAUAUUAGCGACCUUUCUGUUGCAUCUCUUACGGAGAAAAUACAAAAAAUGGAGGAGAAUCACCACAGCACAGCAGAAGAAUUACAAGCCACUCUACAGGAGCUGUCUGAUCAGCAGCAAAUGGUGCAGGAACUGACGGCGGAAAAUGAGAAGCUGGUGGAAGAGAAAGCUCUCCUGGAGACUUCUUUUCGCCAACACAGAGACAGAGCAGAACAGCUGGGUCAAGAAAAUGAAAAGCUAAUGACUCUCCUCCAAGAGCGAUCCAAGAGUGAAGAAAGCAGAGCUCAGGAGGGAAAAGUCCUCGAACUGGAACAGAAGUGUGCAGAAGUUCUUGAAAAAGCACAAUUUGAAAGAGAGAAAUUGCUCAACAUUCAGCAACAAUUAACCAGCAGCCUACGAAGCUUGGAAAGGGAGCAUCAAGAUGCCCAGCAGGUGAUCAAAGGCCUGAGAGAUGAAAAUGAAAAGCUGCUUAAACUUCUAGAAGUGGAACAGCAGAGCAACAGCACAGUGACAAAAACUCUGGAGGACUGCAAAAUUGCAUUGGAAGGUCUGAAAAUUGAGAAUGGAUCUCUAAAAACCCAGCUGGAGAAUGAGAAACAAAAGGCUGCAGAAAUCAAUGCCAUGGGAUGCACUACUGACAACUCUGAGGUGCAAGAGCUGCUGAAAGUAGCCCAUGCAGAAAAGGAUCAGCUGGAAGCAUCUUGCACUGAGCUUAAGCAAGAUCUGCUGAAGGCAAACAGUGAACUGAAGCAUGUUCAGGGUCUGCUAUCUAAGGCUGAGAAUGAGUGUGGUCAGCUGAAGGAGGUGUGUGAGCGGCAGGCUGAGCAACUGAGCAGAACCAGCCAGAAGCUGCAGGAAAAAACAUCAGAGAAUGAAGCAGAUAUAAAGAACCUAAAGGAGACAAUUUUUGAGUUGGAGGACCAGGUGGAACAACAUCGUGCUAUCAAACUCCACAACAACCAGAUCAUCAGUGACUUAGAAAGUAAAACUAUGAAGCUGGAAGAGCAAAAACAAGAUAUAGAGAGGCAGCUGAAGGCUCUGACUAAGCAAAUGAAGGAGGAUACAGAAGAAUGGAAGCGUUUUCAAGCUGAUCUACAGACUGCAGUGGUUGUAGCCAAUGACAUUAAGUGUGAAGCCCAGCAGGAGCUCCGUGUGGUAAAGAGAAAGCUUCAGGAGGAAGAGGAGAAGAGUGCCAGGCUGCAGAAGGAGCUCGAUGAAGUGAAGGGCAACAACAGACAAAAAGUCACUUUUGGUUCAGGAACAGCCAAAGAACUUGCAGAAAAAAUCCUGAUGAGGUCAUCAGAGUUCAUCUGAACGAAGGUAAGAGCCUCCCAAAGGCGACUUUAACACAGAUUAAAUGUCUAAUUCUAUGACUAAGAAUGUUGGGGGGAGGUUGGUCCACCAUCAAACAAGUGGAACAAAGGAGAGAGAAGUUCACUUGUCCCAAAUUAGUACUGAUUAAAACCUACAAAUUGAUUACCACAUUUCAAACAGACCUAUGGUACUUCACAUUGUAGUUAAUGCUAUUUCUCUGCAGUUAUAUGCAGAAGUUUGCCAUCCACCGAAAGUCUUGUAACUUUUCUCAGAUAUGGUGGAAAUUGAGAUAACAUAGUCUCCAUCCUUGGAAGUUUUCAAGACCAGACUGGAUAAGGCCCUGGGUAACCUGGUCUGACCUCAUAGCAGAUACUGCUUUGAACAGGCAGUUGGAAAAGGUGUCUUCCUGAGGUCCCUUCCAGCCUAAAUUAUCCUGUCAUCCUGUAGCAAGUCUCACCUUUUCAAAAAACUCACCUUAGAAAUAAACUCACGUUUUGUAGCUAUUUUAGGAUCAAAUAUUGAACUGGAGAUCAUCUCCAGUACUAUGUUGGGUUUGUAUCACAACAAACACAUUGGCUGCUGAGUGCAUCCAAAUUUUGAGUGGCCCCUUAUGGCUUCAUGCACAUGCGUUUUGGAGCCUUUCUAGCAAUACAGUGUUUAGCAACAGAGCGAGUUUAUAGGUGUGCCUUUGACUCUUUCCCUCCCUUUUUUUCACAGAAUUAUGUUGGCACUAUAAUAUUAGGUACCUUAAAUCAAGAGCAUGGUGGGAAAAUAGCUGGGCUGGGAGCAGCAUUCAGAAGACAGAGAAAUUAUAGCUGGAAUUAAAUGAGCCACUUCCUAUAAUAAUAAUAAAAUCUAACCAAGUCCUCAAAAGAAAGCCUGAAGUGAAGCUUGUGAUGUAUCCCACUAAUUUGCUUCUGUUCUUCCUCCUAAAGUCUCAAAUGCUGCAGCAUGGCAGUGUUACAUGCUUUUUCUCCUGGAAAUAAGCUUGUACUCUAUGUGUAUUAAAACCUUAUGUCAGUCUUUAUGUGCUGAUGUGCUGCUCAUUUGUGCCUGUGUUUUGCAGCUGUUCUGUCUUUUAGAGGUUUGAUAGAUCAUUCUGCUCUCUUUUUAAGAAAGCAUAGUAGGAUUUUAGAGCUUCAAGUGUUCUUGAAGUACUGUUUGCUCUAAUCAACUGAUCUGUUGGUUAGCUCUGUAGAGUUUUUGGUACCCAACAGAGAUUGCUUUGGGCCCUUCAGUGGAAGGACCCUGACUAAACCUGGGCUGAGGGCAGUGUGUUUCUAAUUAUGUGACCAGGUUCACGUACCCAUUUUGGAUGAAUAGCCCUAACUGAAUAUAGGCAAAGAAAGCCAAGUAUGCAACCACCCUUAUCCUCUGAAACUUGUUUCUGGGCUCUAAGUACUUUUUUCUUUCCUAUCUGAGCAAUACAGAUUUACGUUAUUGAUGGUUGCUCAUUGUGUCCCAAAGCAGAGUUAGUGGAGUGUUAAGGCAUUCCUGUAAGACCGGUCUUGCACCUGUAUAUCAUUCUUUCCUCUUUAUUUGGUGAUGAUGGGAUGACUAACUGUAUAAUAGAGAGCUGUACCUCGAAAUGGGCAUUGUACUGCUUCUUUUAACUUCUCCCAUUGUUGUCUGUAUCUCCUUAGGUGCCUGAUCUCUACCAGCUAACACAGCCCUGGAUGGAUGCAUAGCCAGGCCUGUGAGACACUUCAGGACAUGCCUUCAACUUGCAGCUGAAAAAGGGAAGUUUCAAUUGGAGAAAAGCACCCCCAGUUUUUUAUUGCCUGCAAAAGUCGAGUGUAUCACCAAGUGUGAAUCUGCUCAGGUCCGCUUUCUCCCCUUGGACAAGAGCCUGAUUUCUUUGUUUCAAAAUGCUUCUCUCUUCAGAAGACUCCGUGAGGCAGGAAAAAGUUCUGAAUUAAUUUAAAACCAACUAGAAGUAAUCACAGAGAUUUGGGAGACUGAAAUAACUGAUGGCCCCUUUGGAGUGAUGGGGCUUAUAGGCAUUUGAACAGAAGUUCAGAUGCUCUAUUUGAAGCUUAAACAACAAAAAAAAUACUACGUGUAUGUCUGAUUUGUAAAAUUUAAUGUGCAUACACAUUUGUUCUCCAUAUAAUAUUAAUAAAUCUGUGUGUCUAAAUACACAUGCAUACUGAUCUGUGUGCAAAAAUGCACACGAACUCUCUAGUGAUUCCCACCUUUGCAGCUCUUGAGUUGCUCGUGGAAAUUAUUUACUGAAAUCCAACAGGAAAAUGAAAUAGUAAUAUUAUGCUAUUUAAUUGGUAUCAGCUGUUUUGUUGGUUUCAGCCUUUUAAUGUUGUGUUGACAGCGCACUCACCACUUGGUGGCAUGUCUGACUCAGCGUGUGCUAGGAAGCAGGGUGAUGCUCAAGGAGCACGAUGUCCUGACCCGACUUUCACAGGCUGUGUCCCACAGAGGAGAGAUUUGUCCUUGCUGUGAGAAUUGCAGGUGAAGAGAUCCAGAAGGAAUAGCAACGAAUACGUCAAGCUCUAAUCAUUAUCCUCUCAGGAGGAGUUUUUCUCAUGCCCUUAACUCAGGUGAAGUGCAUAAUCAGGGAGAACUUGUUUUGCUACUGGAGACACCUGAAGAGAGCUUUACUUGGAUGCUGAUGAGAAACUGAAAAGUCACAGUCUCUACCAGGAUAUCAUCAGGAUUUGUUACAGGACUGGAAUUACAUAUUUUGGCUAUGGGAUUCCAUCCUUUUCUCCUGGAUGUGAAGACCUAGCAGGGGCCUGAUCUCAGAGGAGGCUGAGCUAGAGAAUUCUGCAGGAUUCUGGCACAGCCUUCACCUAUGUGCCAUUCUACUGGAGUGUAUGCAUACAUGCACACUUGUGUUGCCUUUCUUUACUGUGCUGGCAGCUGUUAAAUGUUGGUUUUUAUGUUUAAGAAAUUAUAUAUAUUGAAGUGCCAAAUAAAUGUUUGUGUUUGGAAUUGUCUGCUGCCUACUCUUGGCUUCUCUUCUGUUCUGUGCAUCAGCAACUGUGUGUCGUCUUUGUGUCACUUGGAGUUCAGGAGGAUUGACAACAAUGUAAUAUAAUGAAGACUAGAUUACAGAGUAAUUAUUUCUGAAAACAUGGUUCUGCUGUCCUGGGCCACUUGUAAUGAGCAGAUCAUCAGAGCAAUUCAGAAACCUUCAAAAGUACGAUGGCUGCUCUUGCAAAAAAAUCUAUACAUAAAGCACAGAAAGACUUGUACCUUGCUGGCUACUGUCCACACAUUCCAAACCCAGAAAACAAGCAGAGUAACUCGUCUUUAGAGAAAAGCUCAUGAUGUCUAUUUCUCUCAUCAGUGAAUGAAACUAAGCAGUGGUUUUGUGAAAAGGACUCUGCACGUUUCGAUUUCUUUGUGGCCAAAGUGCUCUGCUUCAUGCUGUAGCUGCUUCACUUAAGCCAGCUGCACUUGCAGCUUUUAUCUGUGCAAACCAUUUAUUCUUGUUUCAAGGUAAGCAUAUAGCAGAUGCUGACAUUUUGCUUAACUCCAUCCUCUUAGUAGCAGGACUUAGUCUUCUUGGCUAGACUAGUCUGUGAAGCAUGAGCUUUUCUCAGAGUUAAAUCCUGCUCAGUGAUUCUAGUCUGGCUGAGACUUGUCGUUAAUACUGGCAGCCAUCACUCCUUUCCAGUGUUUUGUGCUACCAUUCAGUAUGGUUCCUCUCUGGCUAAAUGAAAUCUGGGUCCAGCUUCCACUUUUCUGCUGAAAUGAUGGCUCUCCACAAGCCUUGUACUUGAUCGUUCUCACCUGGUAAACCAGACAGAACUCUUACAUAGUGGCCUUUUUAAUUCUUGGAAACAAAAUGGAUUGCACUGGUUGACUUAGUCUCCUGAAGCUGGAAUCUAUUCUCUUUGUGUUUUCUUACAAUGAAGUGCAGAUGCCAUCACCUGAUGAUUUGUUAUUUAUAUCUUAAAAAGCCAUGAAGGAAAAAGUGAAGGAUUGAGGUUAAAAUUAGCCAGUAAAACAGUGGCUCCCUCAGAGCUCUGUGGAUCUUAUCCAGUUUGCCUUUCCUCCUUAUUGGAUUAAAUGGAGAAUGGAACUGAAAUGGCUUUUUCUCUAGCCAUCUGCCUCUGCGGUCCCUUCUGGCACACAAGGAGCUUGAAUGAAUUAGCAAAGAAAUGCCUACUUAAAGACAGCACCUCCUUAAGCUCUGCCAAAAAUAGAAGCAUUAGUCACUCUUAUUCUCUUAUUCAUUGACACCCUUUAGCCCUUUGCAUUUUGUAGGCUGUGAUGCCAAAAGGGAAAUAGGAAGACUCCAAGUUCUAUUUUUAACUAACAGGAGUUGUUCAGUCUCAUGGGUACUUGCCUGUUGGAGUCUUCCAGGCGCCCUGUGAAAUCUCUUCUGGUUUUCUGUUCAUGUAGCCCUGGGUGCCUACCUUACUGCAGAGUAGGGGAAUGGUGAUGCCUCAGCUUCUGUAGAUCAAUGUGCAUUUCUUAAGCUGCUAGCAGAUAGGGAAAACCAUGUAAUAAAGACUCUCUUUUUUAUGUCACUAGGCUUUGUUGUCUAAUUACAGCUUUCCUAAACUAAAGCUAGGUAAUUACACUUGAAGUCUGCCUGGGCACUACUAGGUAAGUACAGUGUCAGUGCUAAGCCAUUUCAUCCAGACCCAUAAAAUGCAUGACUAGAAUCAUCAGUUAUACUUACAAUUAUGCUUGCAGUUUUUAUGUAAUGUGGACUUUUCUGUAUUAAUUUCUUUCAUGCUCACCACUUUAUCCUGACUUUAAAAUUUCCUAUCAAUGGAGUAACUGAAUGAUCCUUACUGUUAAAAUAGGGGCCUUCUAUUUUGAGUACAUCUACCUUCACUACAACCACUGAAUUUUGGUAUUCCUGUGUCUGUUAGGAUGAAGCACUUCUGAGUUUUAUUCCCUGUAUGUUUGCUUAGAGGUGGCAAUUGAGGGUUUACUGGUUUAGCAGAUGUUUCUGUUGAUAAGUUGUAAGAGUUGAAUUUCAGCGUUUUUCAUUAUGAAGCAUGUUUUCUGGUUUAACUUUUGUGGUUCUAAUCUGAACCCUGUCCAGCUAAUUAUUUUUUUCCAGUUAUGAGAUUUUAACUGAUAAUAAUGACGCCAGCAGAAGUUGCAUCAAUUAAAAACAUAGAACAUAACAUGACAUCUUUCUGUUUAGAUAUUUUCCUUGUUAUAUUCUGAGUACCACAUUAGCCCAUUGGCCCCAGUGCUGUACUGAAUGCCAGUCUUCAGGUGAUGAUCUGUGGUGACCUGAACUUCAUAAAACUCUUUGUUCCCAUGAUAGCCCUCUGUCCUGCAGAAGAUGAGAAAUGGGGAUGAUACAGCUAACAACAGAAAGAAUUGUUAAUACACAAUGAUUUCAUGUUUGCUAGGCUCUAAACAAUGAUAGAUGCUGUUCAACACUCCAAAACUCUCCACUCCACUCUCCAAACACUCCAAAAAAUGAGCGUGAGCAUUAUAACAGUGGGUUUAUAUUCGGGUAUUACAAUGUAAGAUUUGCAUCGUUAGAUUUGCCUUACACGUGAAGACCUGCAGUUUCUGCCUGUGUUUCCUGUUGCUGCUGACUUUGC